UCUACCAACCAUAGCAAAAUCCAGCUGCAAAUUCUAUCAAACCCUAGCCGCCACACCCAGAUUAUAGUAAAUUUCUGCAAGAACUUCAACUUGCGAACCCAAGCUGGAACCCCUGUGUCGGUAGUGACGAUAACGGGAUCGAGUUUUUUUGCCAAGUCAUCGUCAAUCACCUGGUACCUAAAGAAGGCCGUCAGGAACCCAAAAAUCAGAGUAUAUAAAAACAAAAUCUUCAUUAAGAUUUUAUAACUAACCAAUUUCAUAAUCAAUCACACUAUGUGCGGGGAAAAAGAAAAGCAAAAUCCUUUAAGGCAGAAGGAUGGAUGCUUGCAGCAGUUUGAGAACCCAAAUUCUUGGUCCGGGUUUGAAACUGCUAGCAGUGAAAACCCAGAAACAGUUCGUCAAACUUGUCGCGGAUUUCAUCACAGCACCGCGGCCAGGUGGGAUUUCUGGGAUCCGACCAGGUUGUCAAUCAAUGCUCAAAGUUUCCCUCGUUGUCGAUUCAUGGGCCAUAAACCCUGGAGAGAUCGACGAUUCUGAAAUUGAAAUCCUCUGAUCCACCUGUCUAUCCUCCUCCCGCAAGAGCGUCUUUGUGACCACCAAGCAGGGGUCCAUGUACCCCUUUCGUCGUUUUUCCGCCGCCCCAGCAUCACUCUCACCAUCGCUCUGAUUUCAAUCACACUUCCUUCUUGUCGUCUUCAAAUAGUAUAUACAUCCUUGAUUCAAACAGCAAGUCAUCGUCGCCGCUCACUGCUGUUGCGGCUGAAAGGACGAGAGGGGAGAGUUGAGAAAGAAGGAGGCGGCAUGCUGCUUUCCGCUUGAGGGUUGAGAAGAGAGGUCUGUUCUUUAGGUUUGGGAAGGGGAAAUGGAAAGGAUGAAGGUGGGCAGCUGCUGCUUGCUGCUAGGGUUUAUAAGAUGGACUUUUAUAGGCCAGUCAAUUAUCACAAGCAUCGAAUCUUUUAAGUUUUCUUUUGAUAUUUCUUAAAUGUUUUAAAUGUUGCAAAAUGGUAUAAGAAUCGUUGUUUCACUUGUACCUACAUUUUAAAAGUUUGCAAAGUGGUCCCAUGAAAGUCUACAAAACAAAACAAAAAAUGAAGAGAGCCCUAGUGAGUUUCCCUUCAUAGAAUUUGAGAAAUUUUGUUAGGGGAAAAAUGAAGGAAAGAAUGGAAAAUUUCGUGUAUAAUAUUUUAUAAGUAUGCAUCAUUGUAUUAUUUUAUUAUAAGUAAGAAAGUAUUAUACCUGAAUGAAUCCAAUCAGCGAGACCCCCAUGACUCCCAGUCGUCGAGCGAAUAAUAUAAUUCACGUCAUAGCAACAACCAUGAAAGUUGUACAUAAACCUUAUGGUAAAAGUUCAAUUGAGUUUGUACGUAUACUUUAAUGGUCAAAUUGAACUUGUACACAUACCUUAUGGUACAAGUUCAACUAAAUUUACCUAUACCUUUUUGUACAAAUUGAGUUGAACUUAUACGUAUACCUUAUGGUAAAAGUUCAGUUGAACUUGUUCAUAUACCUUAGUGGUCACAUUGAGCUUUUCCAUGUACGCUAAUGGUGAAAUCGGACUUGCAUUAUACGUUAAUGGUCAAAUUGAACUUGUACAUGUACCUUAUGGUAAAAUUUCAAUUGAACUUGUACAUGUACCUUAAUGGUCUAAUUGAACUUGAACAUAUACCUUAUGGUACAAGUUCAAAAUUGUUUUGUACCUAUACUAUAUUUAUUGUACAAAUGGUAUUUGAUUUGGAUUUUGAGUCAAUAGAGUUAUGGAUCAAUGAAGUUAAAAAAAAAGUCGCACGUGAUAAAGUCAACAAUAUUUUUGGUUAUAGGUGGCAUCGGUGAAGUAUGUUGUCUUUCAUUUCGAGGCACAAGUUCAAUUCUUGAUAAGAGAGAAAGUUUUUCUAAUAAUAAGAAUAAAACGGAAAAAAGUGC